CAGCGGGCCUCAUCACCGCGGCGGACUAGCGGGACAAAGCACUUGUUCAGAGACCGCUCACUGCGCCUGUGUGCCUGGGACGCUGCAGACGGAGAAACCGCUUCAGCGCUGCUUUCAGAUAGAGGUUUACUUUAAACACAGAAACGCAUUUUUUCUACGGGCGCUUUAGUUUCCCAAACAGCUUCACACUUUUAAAGGAAGGAGAGUUUUGACAGGAAAUAAGGGCGGACACUGGUCAAGUUUUUACCCCCCCCCCCCUUCGGCGACCUCAGACAUCUUUGAGCGAUGUUUGACAAACAGCAUUAUGAGAGUCCACCAGUCUACAGUCCUCCUUUCACCCCUCCACCCAACAAUGGCUUUGGGCCUGCGGCGAGCUUCCAUGGCCCUCAGAGCGACUACAACAUGUACCCACCUCCACCGGGAUCCUACUACAUGGAGGACAAGCCGCAGCACUUCUACAAAUGGCUGUCACCUCCUGGGAUCGUCAAAGCCAUGAUGGUCACAGUCAUAGUGCUGUGUUUGGCGAUAUUCGCCUGUGUGGCUUCCACGCUCAUGUGGGACAUCCAGUACGGAUAUGGCUCUGGAAUGGGUUACUACGGUUCUGGGAUGGGCUACGGCAGCGGCUACAUUGGCGGCAGCUACGGCUCGGGCUACGGUGGUUACGGGGGAUACGGAAACUACUACGGCUCCGGCUCCUACAUUUCUCCUUACUCGGCCAAAGCUGCUAUGAUCGCCAUGGCAGCCAUCAACUUUGUAGGAGCACUGGCCUUCUUCAUUGCCAGCUUCUCUAAAACCAACGCAGUCCGCGGCAGAAAGUACUUUCUGGCCGUCUUGAUAUCCAGCGUUUUGAUGGCUGUCCUGCAGGGCAUCAUAAACAUUGUCUACAUCGUUGGGGUAAACCCCAUGGCCCAGAGCUCCUCCAGUAUGAUGUACAAUCCAAUGCUCAUGAUGUGCCAGAAUCUUUACCAGACCAGUUACUCACAGAUGGGAGGAGUGGGAGGCUUCCCCAUGUACAACCAGUACCUGUACCAUUACUGCUUUGUGGACCCACAGGAGGGAAUUGCAAUGGCAUGUGGAUUCCUGGUUGUCAUCGCCUUGAGUGUUGCUGCUUUCUUCGCUCAGAGGACAAGAGGGAAGAUCUGGCGCUACGGCAAACCGAAUAUUUACUGGGAAGAGCCUCUUGUUGGUGGGAAGGCCUCAGAGGGCAGAGAUGUAGAAGACUGGGUGAACAAUGUGGAGGAAAGCCGCAGUGUUCAGGAUGCCCCGACCCUGCUGGUGUCAGAGAAGGGAGGCGGGCCGCUUAACGCCUCAGUUAACAGCGUCGUCUCCUACUCCCCACCCAAGGUGGAGAGCAGCUCCUACAAUGACGAUGCCUACGACAACAACGAGUACUCUGAACGGACAAACAGCAAACCAUCGGAAAUGUUCUCACCACACCUCACUCAACAGAGCCAUGAAGUGGACAUUUUCUUCCACAGCGGGGGGACCAGCUCGAGCCCCUCAGAAGAGACGGGCGGAGGCCGCAAACCCUCCGCAAACAGGGGCAAGAGGCGCAGACGUAACCCAGAACUGGACGAGUCUCAGUAUGACACGGAGUACACCACGGGAGGAGAGACGGGCAAUGAACUGGAUACAGAAGAAUUGGAGAGCAUGUACCCGGAGAUAACAUCGGAUGAUCAGCGACACGAUUAUAAGAGAGAGUUUGACGCCGACCUUCGGGAGUACAAGCGGCUGUGUGCUGAGAUGGACGACAUUAACGACCAGCUGAACAAGCUCAGCCGGCAGCUGGACACACUGGACGACACCUCAGCCAAAUACCAGAUUGUAGCUGAGGAAUAUAACCAGCUGAAGGAUCUGAAGCAGACGUCCGACUACCAGGCUAAGAAGAGAGAGUGCCGCCGGCUGAGACACAAACUGUUCCACAUCAAGCGCAUGGUGAAGGACUAUGACAAGAACCACUGAGGAGCACCCACUCUCCCCACAGCACAUGAUACACUCCAACAUGCCACAAAGACUCUGUGACCUGCUGAGACCAAAGUUAAAGGACACACAUGCUCACACACACACACACACACACGGGGAACACACUGCAAGUUCAUAGUAAUGAUCUACUGUAAACAAAUAAUCGCUGAUUUUUCGAGAGAAUGAGAGGAGGAGCCUCCGUCCUGAUUGGCCGCAGUGUUUGCAGGGUACGGCUACUCCUGAGGAUCAAAGCCUGCAGAGAGGCCGUUUGAAGGUCACCUAAUAAUUAGUCGCCCGAGGUGACGCUUUGCUCGGUUUUCUGCGUUUGCUCUCCGAUAGGCGACUUUUCUUUGUUUUUUCCUCCACAGAUAAGAGUCGGAGCAGUGAUGUAGGUGAGACGGCCGUGAGCAAACACGCAGCCUCUUUAACCCUCUGUGUGGCCGAUGAACAUUAGCUGAGGGUUUCUCACGUCUGCUUCGCCGUUCAUAACAACCUUAAAUGUCGGUGAACUUCACAGCUUUCUUUUACCGGUUUUUUUGUUUUUGUCGAGAUUUUUAUAUUUUUUUACAGAUGUUGUGACACCAAAACUGGCCAACGGGCUGUGUGUGGCAUUGUUGUAUUGUGUGUUCUUUUAACGAGUCGUGUUCUUCGUAUAUAUCAGAACAAAUUUACAGUUGGUCUCUAAAACCUCGAGAUUCAUUAGUGCUUGUACAUACUGUAGCCUCAUAGCAGCAGUUGUGUGUUUAAACUAUGCAAAUUAGUCAAAUUAACCACAGUGUCUGUAGGUUUUCAUCACACACACUCCUGAAAAACCCGCCUCGCUGUUUCUGUCCAUAAGCUGAACUCAUUUGAUUCUUUGCCAAUGAAAAGGCGCUUUAAUCCUCUGCGUUUGUGAAAAUCUAUUGUAAACCUUAAAUUCAUGUAGACUCGCUUGUGAUUCGUCUUGCAUUUGUAUUUUUAUGAAGAACAUUGUUGUCAUUUUAAAAACCAUUUGCGAGCCAUUUAUUUUUGUAAGAAUUUAUUUUCUUUGACGCUGUUAUAAAAAGACCAUUUUUGUAACUGUGUACCUCCAUAAAUGAUGUUGUUUAAAAAGUACUGAAUUUUGUAAAUAAUAAACAUUGCUAAUUCUCUAAA